AUGAUUUUUCCUCAGUGCGCCGGCAGAUCGCAGUCUCCGGUAAACGUCGUGACCAGGAGAGUUUUACCGGACCAACGACUCACUCCGCUGCGCCUUGUCGGAUAUCAACACGCUUUCCACGGAAACCUCUCCAACAACGGACACGCAGUGCAAUUGGAUUUACCUGCAGGUAUGCAUAUCAAAGGAGGCAAUCUGCUCCGAACGUACAAAGCAGUCCAACUCCACUUCCACUGGGGCAAAGACGGCGGCCCGGGCUCCGAACACACCAUCGAUGGCGAACCCUAUCCAAUGGAAAUGCACAUUGUGCACAUCAAGGAACAAUAUACUUCCUUGUCACAGGCUGUGAGGGAUCCAGCAGGCGUGGCUGUACUUGGCUUCUUCUUCGAGGAAUCCAAUUCUGCCAACAAGAAGUUUGAUCCCCUCAUAAAAGCUCUGAGGAGAAUCCCGCGGCCGUCCAACAAAACGACGGUGCCGGGCAUCUCCCUGCAAAUGUUCCUUCCGCCCCACGCGGACACGAGCAAGUAUUUCCGCUACGACGGCUCCCUCACCACGCCCGACUGCGCCCAAGCCGUCGUCUGGACCCUCUUUGAAAACGUCGUACCCCUCAGCAGGCAACAGCUGUCCGCCUUCUCCCGGCUCGCCUUCUCCGGCGGGAGGCCGAUGGCGAACACGUUCAGAGCCGUGCAGCCUCUCAACGGAAGGCGGGUGCGUCGCUCCGGAGGCCACGUGGCCACUUCGCUCCGCCCCGCUCUCCUCCUCACGUCCGCGCUGAUGCUCUCCUCUGCGUGAAAAAUAUAGAUAUAUAAUUUCCAUAUACAGUGACAAAUACAAUGACAAAAUGUAUGCACUGCAAUUGAGGAAAUGUGUAGUGACAUCACAGCUGCUUUUGGAAAUUUCCACGAUUACAUUUGGAAAAAUAGCAUUUCCCCCCCCCCCCCCCCCCACCCCCACAUCACUUCCUCCUUCGAAAGCCAACGCUUGUGAUUGGCUCUCUCUGGUUUACGUGUCAUUCUGCUGUCAUAUUCUCCAGCAUGAGAUUUUCUCCGCAUAUGACCUCGAAGCGCCACCUUGUGGUGUAAUCUAUCAUCUUGUCUGAGAUUUGGAAAAGGUUCAAUUCACAGUUACCCUUUUAAACACCUUUGAAGUCUUAUCUUUCUAAUGGCGGACUUUUUCAUGGAACAUUCACGGAUCUGGUGUGUCAUAUGAAGCGAUAUUGUCGAAAUUGCGCGCAUUUGUCAUGAGGUCAGCAUGGUAUGGUAUGUGACUUUCCCACAUGCAGCACACAAACAAUGCAACAAACGCAUUUUGGAUGUGACGAUGAUGUAUUUACAGUUCCUCGUCUUUUGUUUAUCAGUUGAAUAUUUGUAUGCGGUUCAUUCCAAAAUACUGAUUUUGUUUGCUGCCCAAUAUCCAAUACCCAAGGGCGAACAAAACGACACGAUCUGUUCUAUGCAUUUUGACCAUUUCUUUUCCCAGAAUGCACUUCGUAUCUCAUGUAAAUGCUUCUUUGAUGCAGCAUCCUCUACUGCUUGUUUCCGUUGUUAUUAUGUUUGCACUUUAUGGUGUCCUUGAGCGCCCGAAAAGACUCCUAUGAAUAAAAUGCAUCAGUCAUUACGGUGUUAUUAUCAAGGUGCAGUUGCACUGAUGUCCAC